AUGAAAUUAUAUGAUUUCAAGAGCAUUACAUUGUUAACUGUAACUGUUUUGAAUAAUGAUUUUUUUCAUUAUAUUUAUGUGAUAAAAACAGAUAUGCAUAGUAUUUUGAUAUUUGUUCACUACAAUGGAGAAUGGAAUCAAAACAUGGAGUAUGUAAAUUUUGAACCAAUGGGAAUAUUGGUUAAAGAAGACAGUGACUACAACAGUUUAUUGGAAAUUCUGUCAAAGCAACUCAAUAUCAACCUUAUGUCAACUUGCCUGGAGAUUAAGUAUCAAGUCAAAAACAAUUAUCCACCAAUGAAAAUAACAGACAAUGGAAAUUUGUCAUUCUACUUGGAGCUGAAAAAGAAUGCAACAGAUUGCAUGAUGUACCCGUUAUGCAUUUCAUUCAUAUCGUCCGGAAACGAAGUGGCAUUCUUUGACUCCACUUUCAAUGUAUCAAAUGCGGAUGUGCAGUCAGGACAACAAUCAGCAAAUGCAUCAAGAUCAACAUAUGAGGUAGGCUCAACAAGUGAAAAAAGGAAUGAACAGAUGUCCGAUGUGAUAAACUAUGCUAGAUUUUUGAACAAUGAGUUCACACAUGAUGAAGAUGAAGUGGAAAGUAACUUCAAAGAUGAUAAUUUAAUAACAGACACAAAACAUAGAGAAAUCAAAGAAGGACAGUCAUACAAGAACAAAGAUGUUUUGAAAUCAAUUUUGAGCACUUAUGCAAUCAACAACCAUUUUCAAUUCAAGGUACAGAGAUCAUGUGAAAGGCAAUAUUUCUUGAGCUGUUUGGAUACAAAUUGCACAUGGAAAUUUAAUGCUUCAAGAAAAGGAACAUCACAGAUUUUUAUCAUUCGAAAACUUAAUAUUAACCACAAUUGCUCAAUGGUUGUGAGAACUAGUGAUCAAAGGCAGGCAACAUCGAGUGUAAUUGGUGAAUACAUUAAAUCCAAGUACACCAACCUCAAAACUGUUUACAAACCAGCUGAUAUUAUGAGAGACAUGAGAGAUGAUCAUGGAAUAAAAAUGAGCUACUCUAAAGCCUACAGAUCGAAAGUAGUAGCUCAAGAAAUGGUAAGAGGAAAACCUUAUGACUCUUUUUCAUUAAUACCAAGCUACUUGGACAUGCUAGUGGUUGCAAAUCCGGGUUCGUUUGUCAAGUUGGAAGUAAAAGAUGACAACAACUUCCUUUAUGUUUUUAUGGCAUUGAAUGCAUAUAUAAAAGGAUGGGAGUUCUGCAUUCCGGUAAUUGUUGUUGAUGGCACUUUCCUUACUUCAGCCUAUGGAGGUAUGCUUUUAAUAGCAUGUGCACAAGAUGGAAAUGGUAAGAUAUUUCCUCUAGCUUUUUCAGUAGUGGAUUCUGAAAACGAUGACUCCUGGGAGUGGUUUAUGAGGAGAAUUAGAGAUGCAUUUUAG